AUGAAGAGGCUCCGCCUCCUUGCCGUCUUCGUCCUGGCCUUGUGGGCGGAGCCAAGAUGCUUUGUGAUGCUGACCUCUGAGGUUCUCCAAGAGACAGACAGACCCAGUGGACCGGGUGGAACCAAUGGAACCGAGGAGCCGGUUCUGUUCCACCUCAAGAGGACGAGGCGGAGCUGGGUCUGGAACCAGUUCUUUGUCCUGGAGGAGGACGCCGGACAUGAGCCUCAGUAUGUGGGGAAGCUCCACUCUGACCUGGACAGAGGGGACGGUCAGGUGACGUACCACCUCAGUGGCGACGGAGCCAUGUCCAUCUUCACCGUUGAUGAGGGGACUGGAGACAUCCACGCCACCCGCAGGCUGGACCGGGAACAGCAGGCCUCCUACGUCCUGCGGGCCCAGGUCCGGGACCGGACCAGCCAGCUGCUGCUGGAGCCCGAGUCCCAGUUCACCAUCCGAGUCCAGGACAUCAACGACAAUGCUCCAAGGUUUCUGGACGGCCCCUACGCCGCCAAGGUCCCGGAGCGGGCCCCGGCAGGAACAUCUGUGGUGACGGUGACGGCGACAGACGCUGACGACCCGACCUAUGGAACCGCGGCCCGAAUCGUCUACAGCCUCCUGCAGGGUGGACCAUACUUCACUGUAGACCCAAACACAGGUGUGGUGCAGACCGCCCUGCCAGACCUGGACCGGGAGACUCAGGACCGGUACCAGUUGGUGGUCCAGGCCCGGGACUUGUUGGGUCGGAGGGGGGCUCUGUCCGGAACCACGGCAGUUACCGUGACGCUGACAGACGUCAACGACAACCCGCCGCGCUUCCCUCGCAGGAACUACCAGUUCAGUAUUCCGGAGUUGAUACCGGCGCCGGCUGUGGUGGCUCGGAUAAAAGCCGUGGACCCGGACUUGGGUCACAAUGCCGAAGUGGAGUACCGGGUUCUGGACGGAGAUGAACUGGGAACCUUCCGGGUUCUGACGGAUCCAAACACACAGGAGGGUCUGCUGACACUGGUCAAGGGCCUGGAUUUUGAGGUCCAGUCCAGCUACUUGCUGCGGGUCGAGGCGUCCAACCGGCAGACGGACUCCCGCUUCCUGCUGGCCGGUCCGUUCAGCGACGAGGUUCUGGUCCAGCUGCAGGUGGUGGACGAGGAUGAGUCCCCCGUCUUCUCCGAGUCCGUCCAUCACCUGUCCGUGUUGGAGGACGCUCCGGUCGGAACCACGGUGGGCGCUGUGUCGGCUCACGACCCGGACCGGUCCAACAGUCCUAUCAGGUACUCCAUAGACAGGAAGUCGGACAUCGGGGGUUUCUUUGACAUCGACAGCAGUUCCGGUACCAUAAGAACCAGCAGGUUUCUGGACCGUGAAGUCAGAGUUCAGCACAAUAUAACGAUCAUCGCCAUGGAGAUUUCGGACCCGUCCCAGGCCGGCUCGGUUCUGGUUCUGGUCUCUGUGACGGACGUAAACGACAAUCCGCCAAGUUUCGCCGCUGAGUCACAGACGUUUGUCUGUGAGGACGUCCAUGCCGGCCAGGUCGUCGGGACUCUGAGCGCUGUGGAUCCGGACGACCCCGAGGACGGACAUCACUUCCUGUUCUCACUGCCUGCAGGAAGCGAUGCAAACCUCAGCUUCAGCCUGAUUGACAACGGCGACAACACUGCCUCGGUUCUGGCGCUGCAGCCCGGUGUGCGGCUGCGGGACCAACCUGUCCACCUGGUUGCCGUGGUGAUCGCAGACGGCGGCCAUCCGUCCCUCAGUAGCACCAACACGCUGACAGUCUCCGUCUGUCACUGUGAUCGCUAUGGAAACCAGCGCCACUGCAGCUGGGACGAGCCGCACCAUGUCGCUGUGGCAACCGCCGCAGUCCUGUCCGGCCUGCUCACAUUCCUGGGGGUUGCCAUGGUAACGGCUGCGGUCAGGUUCAGGCGACAGGAGGAGGCGGAGGAUGAAGAGCGGGACGCCCAGGAGAAUUUCGCCUGUUACGAUGACGAAGGUGGUGGCGAGGAAGACACCAAGGCCUUCAACAUGGCCGCCCUGAGACAUCUGGACCAGCUCAACUCGACCGGCGGUUCCGCUGACCUGGAGGCCCGGAAGGCCCGGCUGCUGAAGGCAAACCUGGACCCCACGGCGCCCCCUGCUGACUUACUGCCCAUGUUCUGGAAUGGUGGCGGCUCGGCGGCGUGCUCGAUCUGCUCCAUCAGCUCCAACAGCUCCCCUGGCCCAGCAGAACCCGACCAGAACUUCUUGUGGGCCUCAAGGUUCUGGAGGCUGGUCGACCUCUAUGAACCCAGAGGGGUGGAGCCUGAAGAGGACAUCUGAUUGGAUGGAAGGCGACC